AUGUACAUACUACUGUUUCUUUUAAGUGCAGUUGUAUUAAUAAUUCUGCAAUACAUCGCCAAAGAUAAUAACUAUUGGCGAAAGAGAAACAUCCCCGAAGUGUAUGGAAUUAUCUGGCGGUUCGUACUCACGGGAAAGAAAUCUUUUCCUGAAAUUUAUAAGGACAUCUACGACGGACAUCCAAACGAUGACAAUAUUGGUGUAUACGUUGGCAACAAGCCGGCUCUGCUGAUAAGGAACCUGGAGAACUUGCAAGCGAUUCUGCUAGGUGACUUCAAAAGUUUCUAUAGCCGUGGUAUUCUUAGGAACGAGACCGAUCUUCUGGCGGACAACCUCUUAUUAAUGGAUGAUUACAAGCGAUGGAGAUUAAUGAGGCACAAAAUGACACCUGUGUUCACAUCCAUGAAGCUGAAGAACAUGUUCUACAUAAUGGAGCAAUGCGCUCGGGACUUCGUAAAGUUUGUCGACGAGAAUCCACUUAAAGUUAAAGAGAAACCCUUCACGGCUCUGUACACAUAUACGACUGCGUCCAUCGCUGCUUCGGUAUUUGGGAUUGAUACUAAUGCGAAUAGCACGAUGGAUUCACCAUUUGUAGACAUAGCGUGGAGGGCCUUGGAACCGUCUUUUGCUAAUAAUCUUAAAUUAACGAUAUCUAAAGCGUUUCCGAAACUGUUUCAACUGAUGAAACUAACGGCGUUUGGAGAUCACGAGGAAUUUUUCGCUGUGGUGAAAAAGGUGUUGGAAGACCGACGUGCUGUCCACGAGAAGAGGCACGAUUUCAUUGAUACCUGUUUAGAGCUGCAGCAGGAAGGAGUAAUGCAGGAUCCAGUAACUGGCUACGAAAUGGAGCCUACAGAUGAAUUGAUGGCGGCACAGGCGUUUUUCUUCUUUAUCGCAGGCGCGGAUUCAUCAGCGCACACGAUGCAUUUCUUGCUUCUAGAGCUCUCUGCAAAUCCUGAUAUAUUGCAGAAGCUGCACAAGGAAAUCGAUGCAGCGUUCGAGAAGUGCAGCGAGGCCGUUACUUUCAACGACAUCGAAGAGCUGAAAUACCUCGAUAUGGUUAUGAACGAAGCUAUUCGUAAAUAUCCCACGGUAGGGGCCGUUCAACGGAGAUGCACUAGGGACACAGUUCUACCAUGCGGACAAGUGAAGAUGGAGAAAGACGUCAUAGCAGUGAUCCCUAUUUACGCGAUACAUAGAGACGAGAGGUAUUACCCUAAUCCAGAGGUAUUUGAUCCAGAGAGAUUCUCACCGAAAAACAUUUCGAAAAUCCCAAAGUUCAGCUACUUGCCGUUUGGUGAAGGAAAUCGUAUAUGUCUCGGUGCGAGGUUUGCUCGCCUGCAGUUGAAGGUCGGCAUAGCGUGUCUGCUCAGACGUUACACCCUGAAGCAGAAAAGUUACAAACCGAAGUACUUCGAGCAGAGCUUUUUUGCCCUUCGAGAUACCAGCGCCGUCUUCCAGCUCUUGCCGAGGGAAACGAAUAAA